AUGCAAGUGUCUAAUCUUUAUAGCAACGACGCUGACACAACCAGUUCGGAUGCUGAUUCAGAUCCUGAAUUACUACCUGGCUGGGAGAAAAGUAAAACAUCGACUGGAAGAACCUUUUACGUUGACCAUAAUACUCAAACGACACAGUGGGAACAUCCGCAACGUAGCCACAAGAAACCGCAUCAAAAGAUCGAUUUACCAUUUGGCUGGAUUCAAAUCAAGAACGAAAAUGGUACAAUUCUCUAUGUCAAUCAAAGAAAUCAAAAGAAAACCUAUGUAGAUCCAAGAUUAGCUUUUCGAAUGAAGAAAAAUCGCCGAGUAUUUGAUGCUGUUUCAACAUCAAUGGACGUCCUACAGGGUAGAAACUUAUCCGGUGGAAUUGCACUAAUAACUGGAGCUACUAGCGGAAUUGGAUUUGAGACCGCUCGAGCUCUCGCACUGCAUGGGGCUUUAGUCAUAAUGGGCUGUCAUGAUAUCGUAAAAGGAUCUAUCGCAGCAAAGAAGAUUACAAAAGAAGAGCCUCUGGCGAAGAUUGACGUUAUAGAAGUAGAUCUAUCGUCUUUAAAGAGUAUAGCAUGCUUAGCUGAUGAAGUUUUAAAAAAAUACAGGCAAUUACAUGUAAUCAUUUGUAAUGCUGGUGUAUUGGGAUUACCGUGGAGACUAACUACGGACGAAUUGGAAUACACUUUUACUGUGAAUUAUAUUGGUCAUUUUUAUCUCGUAAAAUUGUUAACUGAGCUUCUUAUUUCCUCCUCGCCGGCAAGAGUUGUUGUUAUUUCUUCUGAGUCUCACAGAUUUCCCACUACUGAUGGAAGUUCGUUUAAUGUGGAAAAUAUUCUACCUUCAAAACAGCAAUUUAUCCCAAUGGAGGCUUAUAAUCAAUCCAAAUUAUGUGGAAUAUUAUUUAGUAACGAAUUCAAUCGUAAAUAUUCAUGCUACGGUGUGACAUCGAAUGCGGUUCACCCAGGCAAUUUAUUGCCAACUUCGCUAUGUCGAAAUUCAUGGUUUUAUACAAUUUUAUUUUUAUUGGCUAGGCCUUUUGCUAAGUCUACUGUGCAAGGUGCUGCUACGACUACUUUUUGUGCAGCAGCUAGAGAGUUGAAUGGUGUUGGCGGUUCUUAUUUUAAUAAUUGCCAACGCUGUGAUCCAUCGCCUGAAUCUCAAAAUGAAGAGUUAGCAAGAGCUCUAUGGAAAUAUACUGAAAGUUUAUUAAGCUGUAGAACGAUUCGGUUACUUCCUCAAUAA